AUGCCCAAACAGGUGCUAUCUUUCUUUCUCUCUCUCCGGGCCCCAUGCUCCUCGGCGGUGCCAAAUUCGCUCCAAAUCUACAUCAACUCUUUACUCACGAACAUGCCCUGGGAGUCCACGUGCAACGUAGCAAUCGAUGCUAGAAUUCACUUCGACACCCGCGCAAGAUCCAGAGUCGUUCAAAGCGCAGACAUCCUAGGGACUUACAACACCGUCGCGCUAUUGAUGACACGGACGAAAGCCACGACGUCUGCCGCCGAUAGCCCCGGAUGUGGCUGA